CAGGGCUUCCCAAUCUCCCUUCUCCACAUUCCUGCCCCUCUGAGUCUCCUCUCUGGGUCGCUCUGCAGGUGAAGAACAUGGAGAAGCUACAGCUUUGGCUCCUCGUCCUCGCUGGCCUCUUGGGAGCCGUCACCCAGGAAGAUCUUUAUCAAAAGAUGUUUGUCUUUCAGAAGGACCCUAGCGAUGCCCAUGUGGUCGUGAAGCCGGAACCGGAGUGGCCGCUGCAGAACUUCACCGUGUGUCUGAGAUACUUCACUGAUCUGACUCGGCCAUACAACCUCUUCUCCUACGCUGCCAAAGCCCAGGACAAUGAGAUCCUGCUCUUCAAACCCAAACCCAGGCAGUGAAAUGACUGACAUGUACAUGUGGGGGUAUGGUCCGUCACCAGGCAAAAUAAGAGGUACAUAUCAGUCUCUGCAGCUUCCCCCCUGCACCCUGGACUGGAGGAACUUACAGUAUGAAAUAAAAGGUGAUGUGGUUGUGAAGCCCAGGCUGAGAGACACGCUGAUCACAUGAGCACAGGCUGCAUUUGGGCAUAGUGCAGCCAGGGCCGGCUCCAGGCACCAGCGAAGGCAGCAGGUGCCUGGGGAGGCCAAUAGAAAGGGGCAGCACUCCGUCCGUCAUCGGGGCGGCAUGUCCAGGUCUUCGGCGGCAAUUCGGCAGCGGGCCCUGCAGUCCCUCUUUUCCUCUUUGGCGGCACUUCGGCGGCAGUUCAACCAGGCUUAGUUUUUUAUUUUUUUUUCCUUCGUCACUUGGGACAUCAAAAAAGCUAGAGCUGCCCUGGGUGCAGCCCCAGCCCAAAGCCAUGGAGCUCCAACUCCGCCUGUCUCAUUUCAGAGAGGCUGACCUCGCCCAGGGUGUGCUCUCUGCAUCUAAACCAUGAUGAUUCUGACAUAAAGGAGAAUGUG